GUCAUGCCCUUCCCCCUCCUUCUCUGUGCAUAGCUCCAUGAGGCAAUAAGCUUCAGUGCACAGCCAGCAGCGUAUGCAUAGCGAAGUGACACAGGACAGCUGCAGAAGGAAAGAAGGAAUAGGCAGCUACUGAUGGAUCAACGGCAAAGAGAAGGUGAACCAAGGAAAUUUGACCCAAAGUUCAGAGGACCUAUUCAUAACAGGCAUUGUACAGAUGUCCUAUGCUGUGUAAUCUUCAUAGUCGUCAUUUUGGGUUACAUUGCAUUGGGAAUUGUGGCUUGGGUGCAUGGUGACCCCAGGAAAGUGGUCUAUCCGACUGACAGCCAUGGGCAGUUCUGCGGCCAGAAGGAUACCCCCAAUGAGAACAGGACCAUUUUGUUUUACUUUAAUAUUCUGAAAUGUGCCAGCCCAAUAGUUCUAAUUAACCUACAGUGCCCUACAACACAGCUUUGUGUCUCAAAGUGCCCAGAUAGGUUUGCAACCUACAUAGACAUGCAGGCUUCCUACAGAUAUAAACCAGAUCAGUGGAAUUACUACAGACAAUUCUGCAAACCUGGUUUUAAUAAUCCUUGGAAGUCUGUUGUCCAAGUUAUACGUGAUGAAGACUGUCCUUCGAUGAUCAUUCCAAGCAGACCUUUUCUGAAGAGAUGCUUUCCUGACUUCUCCACAAAGAAUGGCAUUCUGACUGUAGCGAAUCAGACCACAUUCAAGGAUGGAAGGGGAAAAACAAGAAAUGUGACUGAUCUCAGGGAAGCUGCAAAUGGCAUCAAUAAUGUUCUUGAUGCAAGAUCAAUUGGAAUGAAAAUAUUUGAAGACUAUGCCAGUUCGUGGCAUUGGAUUUUAAUUGGCCUGUUCAUUGCAAUGGUUGUGAGCCUGCUCUUCCUCGUGCUGCUGAGGUUCACAGCGGGGGUUCUCUUCUGGAUUUUCAUCUUUGGUGUGAUUGGAAUGAUAGGCUAUGGCAUCUGGCAUUGUUACUGGGAGUAUGAUCAUCUUCGGGGAAUACCUGGAUCUGACCUCACCAUCUAUGAUAUUGGGUUCCAGACUGACUUCAGAGUGUACCUGCAACUGAGGCAAACAUGGUUAGCAUUUAUGAUAAUACUUUGCAUUGUGGAAGUCAUCAUCAUACUGAUGCUGAUCUUCUUAAGGAAUCGGAUCCGGAUUGCUAUUGCACUCUUGAAGGAAGGCAGUCGGGCUGUUGGCUACAUAACAUCUGCACUAUUCUACCCAAUUAUCACCUUCAUUCUAAUUGCAAUCUGCAUUUCCUAUUGGGCAGUGACAGCUGUUUUCCUGGCUACUUCAGGAGAACCCGUGUAUAAAGUAAUGGCUAAUCAAACACUGUGCAAGUAUGCAAACCUGACCUGCGACCCAGAGACUUUUAACACAACCAAUGUGACCAAAUUGUGUUCUGGUGCUCAGUGUACUUUUGCUUUCUAUGGGGGAGAAAGCCUGUACCACAGAUACAUCUUCAUCUUUCAACUUGCCAAUGCUUUUGUCUUUCUUUGGCUGGUGAACUUUGCAAUUGCACUGGGUCAGUGUACCCUUGCUGGUGCCUUUGCCUCCUACUACUGGGCUUUUAGAAAACCUGCUGAUAUUCCCCCAUGGCCACUCUUUUCUUCCUUCGGACGAGCAAUACGAUACCACACAGGUUCACUGGCAUUUGGGUCUUUAAUUCUUGCAAUAGUCCAGCUGAUUAGAAUAAUCUUGGAGUACCUGGACCACAAACUGAAAGGUACACAAAAUUCCUUCACAAGAUUUCUGCUCUGCUGCCUCAAAUGCUGCUUCUGGUGUUUGGAAAAAUUCUUGAAGUUCAUCAACAGAAAUGCUUAUAUCAUGAUUGCAAUAUAUGGUAAGAACUUCUGUGCUUCGGCAAAGGAAGCAUUCUUUCUGCUGAUGCGCAAUGUGGUGAGAGUUGCCGUGCUGGACAAAGUUACAGACUUCUUAUUGUUCCUGGGGAAAAUUCUCGUUGCUGGUGGUGUAGGUGUUCUAGCUUUCUUUUUCUUCACACACAGAAUACAAGUAUUCACACAAGAAGCACCAACUUUAAAUUACUACUGGGUUCCCUUGUUGACUGUCAUUAUUGGUUCUUACCUAGUUGCGCAUGGGUUCUUCAGCGUCUAUGCAAUGUGUGUUGAUACACUUUUUCUCUGCUUUUGUGAAGAUCUGGAAAGAAAUGAUGGAUCCACAGCAAAACCCUACUUCAUGUCAGCUAGCCUGCACCGAAUUCUGGGGAAGAAGGAGCUAAGCCCCAAGAAGGCACUGGGAUAACGUUAAAAUAAUUCCUGAUAUCAGAACAAUAUGACUUUUAAACAGAAUGUGUAUAAAGUAGGCAAAAGUGAAAACUGUAAAUGAUGCUUCUGGUCAAUGGGAAAUUCUUUUUCUUUUUUGCUUGUAUCUUAAAAAUAUCUGCAAUUUGCUAACAUCCAACUAGAUAAGGAAAUGCUUAAACUAAUAGCUGUGAAACAAGGCCACAUUCUAGUUUAUAGAGUGCCUAUGAAAAAGGAAAGUGUAAAUUUGAAGCAUUUUUUAUCUGUAGCUCAAUAGUGUUUUAUUAACUUUUAUAACACAGGUUGCUGUCUCAAACGACAACAGUUUUGAUAACAUUUCUUUUUAUAACUGUAUAUUUGUAAAGGAUAUUCAGGCAAUUUUUGAAAGCACUACAGUGUAAUCUAAUCAGCCAUAAAAAGAUAGAUUGAGAUCUGAGAGCUAACCAGCAGAUGGGACUAAAUUUGUAAAUAUGGUGCUAUGGUUGUAUUUUUACUGUACAAGCUGGUUCACAGCUGUUUAAACUGUGAUUCUACAUGCAUUAGUGAUUCCCUGCAUAGAAAAACACAUUGAUAUUUUUAUCACUUCCAUUACAAACUGCAUAUAUUAAGAAAAGGGAGGUACCAUACAGGUUCAGUCUCAUUGAGGGUAGCCAAAGUUGGCAACACUUGCAGCUGCUUAUAGUGAGAUCUGCUAUAAAGAAACUCCUUUAGAAAUGGAAGUUAUGUUUAAAAAAUGACCUCAUUGACAGAGGGUUCCACUGUACUUGAAGAACAUAGUUUGUGAUUGAUGCAAACUUUCUAGCUAAAGCAAGAUGAAAAAUGUAUUGUCAGCUGAUGUGGAUGGGACAGGUCCUUGUCUUGGUGUCCCCUCCUCAUAAUGGCUCUCUGCUUUUGAGGCUAAGCUCCAGCUGAAGUACGGAAAGGAAAAGCUCAAUGCAGUUGUAUUCCUUAGAGGCAGAUCUUCACAGUCCUGAAUAAGCUUCAAGGACUUCCCAUUUCCUGUGUCUACCCCAGAAGGGCUUUCUCUUGAAUAAUGCAAGGUUCACCUUGCCCCCAAGGGCUGUGUACACUAUCUCUGCACUGUGGUCAGCUCCUGCUAGCCACAGAGUAAUAGGCCAGGACUAAAAAUCAAACCUGAUCCUCCUACAUGGUAAAGAGCACUCAGGAUUUAAAGCAAGGAGCCAGACACGUGAAGUUUCGUGUGUGGGGAAAAUCAUUUAAAUUGCAUAAUUAUUAAUGCAAGGACUAGAGGUAGCUCUGCAGUACUGGUGUCAUACAUGUUAUCGUUACACUAAGACCCUGCUCUACAAAGCUUUCUUGCAUGGAACUACCACUGAGGUCAACAAUAGCUCCAUCUAUUCAGGGCUCCCAGGAUGAACCCUUUCAUUACAUCAUUACACUUGAAGAGUAGUACAAAGACUAUAUUACUAAUACGGGCAUGAGGAAAGAAGAUUAUUUUAAAGGCUGUGUUACUGGGCCAAAAAUACUUCAACCUAUUCAAAUGCUAAACUAGAAAAAAUGUUCUAUUUCAGUUGAACAGUUCAUAGUAGUGCCUGAGGAAGGCUUUCUAGGAGUCCAUGUCCCAAAGUUAUUUUUUGUUCCACUCCCAAAGCAAACCAGGAAUCAAAAGUUAGAGCAGGGGCAUCCAAACUCAUUUGGCUCCACAGGCUGGAUCCAAACCAUGGUACUUCUUGCAGGCUGGACAGAAUCAGGGUGGUGGCUAUUCAGUGCAGCUGCUAUGGCUGCUGCAUUGGUGUGGCUCCAGAACCCAAGGGGUGCCCCUUGCACCCUCUUUUCCUCAGCUGCUGACUCUAGUUGCCAAGGAUGACUGAAGACCCCAAAUUUGGCAGCAGUCAAAGUGGGAAGCAUGCAGCAAUGGCGUUCACCCCCUGGGUUCUGCAGCCGCGCCAACUCAGCAGCUCUGACAGCCAUGGCAACAAUCCCUGUGGGCCACUUGCAGGACAUGCGGUAUGGCUGCCAUUUGAACAGCUCUAGGUGAGAGGAACACAACAGGUGGAAGGGGGAUACACUGACAGGUUACACUUGUGAAUGUAGAGGAAAGUUUGGUUAUUGAUUUUAGCCCAGAGCCUGAAUCCAGGAACCAAUUGAUGAUCAGUGAGUUAUUUAUUUGAAAUAAAGCUCCUGUGGAAGGGCAGGAGCAUCAGAGAUGUUGUUGGCAAGUGCUCUCAUUCCCCCAGCUCACUUUACAGUGGUACCUACAUCAGUUCUUUGCUAUGGAACGAGGUGAGGAGUGAAAUUUAGAACUUAAAAGAAUUAAAGACCUACAUCAGAGUAUCAGACUCAGCCCUGCUGGCCAGUUGAGGGAGGUGAGGCCAAUUCAUGGGCAGGAUCAGGCCCACAGACCAGCCCCACACGCUAGAGCCAGCAGGCAAAGCCAUCUGACGCAGGUACCACGUGGGGUGUGCCCCGGACCAGCCCUAUACACUCUGUGUAGCGUGCAUACCAGAUCCAGCCUACAUGCAGUAUGCACCAAACAGACUCCUGAGUGCCACUCGCAGCGUGUGGGGCCAGGGCUGUACGUGGCACACAUGGCUGGUUGAAGACCCACAGGCAGUACCUUGGACUGGAUCAUGGGGCUCUGCUGGCUGGAUCCAGUCCGUGAGCCAUGUCUUUAAUAUUCCUGGUCUACAUUUUCAAAAGUAAUUAGCAAUUUGGGGAGGCUUUCAUUUUUGAGAGCCCAUCCUGGGACACCUUUAACGGGUACUUAAAAGGCUGAGUACCCACCCCCUAAAGAUCCAGCCUUUUUUACAACAGGUCUCAAGCUUCUGAUCAUCCCUGUUGUUCUUCCCAUGCUAUCAGGUGCAUAAGGCAGGAGUCUCGUGUUGAGAGAGAAAAGCUGAAACACCAAACAUGCUACUCUUUUUUGAAAAUGUAGGCCUCAGUGAACUGUUUGGCCUUUGUACAACCAUGACCCUUCCAUGACUUAAAAGGCUUAAGAAGGAUCAAGCCCUUCUGUAACGUGGAAUAUCAUUGUAAUGAGUUAAUUAUUUUGCACAUAGAGAACCUGAAUUAAGAGAGGUAUAGUUCUGCAAUGGUUGGGAGAGUUUUACUGGGUGCUCAAGUUAACGAGCAUAUUUCUGAGUGCAGUACACUUUUCAUCCUAUGAAUGUAACCAUAGAACUUAAUAGGAAUGUGACAUAGUAAAAGUAGCAGUAAUACAGUCAUUUGACUGGAAGACUUUUGUAACAAACUAUGCAUUUGCUAGAAAAAUUUCUAAGGGCAAAAGUUUUAAACUGUAUUAUUCAGUGUUUAUAUACAGUAAAUAUAUAUAAAUAUAUACGUAAUUUUCCUCCAUUCAUUACUAUUUUGUGAGAAUUAUUUAGAAUAUAAGGGAUCAGUGUUCCUGAGAAGAAGAUUUAAAAGCCAUUUUCUUAGUGAAAUAGUUAAGAGAACUGUGACACUACAAAGCAAUAUCACCUAAAUUCUACAGUUAAUAAGACAGCUGCACGCUGUUUUAAAUGGUUUAAGAUGAAAAUUGGUAAAUGAGGAAACUGAAUAUUUUGGAAUGAAUUAAGCAGAAAUUACUACAGGUAUUCAAAACAGAAUAAAUCAUAUUUAUUUAUUUGUUAUAACAUCAAAGACUAAUUUGAUGCAAAUGACUGCUAACUUUGGACUGGAUCCUGCUGAUUUAUACUCCAAGCAAUCCCAGUUAAGUCAUUGGAUUUGGCCCUUUACUUUGGUAUUUGCUUUAAUAAAAAGAUAAAACUUCCAUACUUCCUCACAUCAGGGAAGUGAAAUAAUGGCCUAAGUAUGAUUCAGUAAGAUCAAAUAUAAUAGAGGUUUUGUUUCUUUACCUACUGAAGUUAAUGGCAAAAUUCCCAUUGAUUCUAGUGAAACAGAGGCAAGCCCUUAUAGUGACAAAGGGGUGAUUAUUAUCCCAACUUUGUUUACAGUAUAUUUAAAUGCCAAAAUGUCCUGUAUAGAAAUAUUUUGAGAAACCUUAAAGUGCUGUCGUGCUU